AUGGUUCGAAAUGGCAGUCCGUCGCCAGCGGACAACUUUCCGCUGGGCCAUUCUGCGACAUCCCCUCAACCACAACCUUCGAAGCGCGACAAACGGCGCAACAUGCUCGCCGAGAAGCUGGCAGAGAUGAUGGCUACCUUCUCCGACAACCGGGACAGUCAUUACAGAGCCCAGCUCGCCGCGCUCCAAGCCGACAUCAACCUGAUUAUGAAAGCCGACCCGUAUGCGAACCAGCCGCUCGAGGAUAGCAAUGAAGAGGCCGCCGAGCUCGUCUCGCAGAUCAUGGGGAACAACGUCCCUACCGCACCAAGCGCGGGUACCGACUACAUUGCGCAAUGUGGAAAACACUAUUCGCGAUUUGUCGACGCCGUCAACGAUGCGAUGGAAGAGCGCGACUACAACCUGACCAUGCUCUGGAACAAGCACGAGAACACCAAGAACGAGAUCGAAAACUCGCACUACUACAAAGUCCAAAUCGCUGAAGAAGAACACAAGCUGCUCGCCGCCACCAUCCGCGAACGACUGGUCGCAAGCAUACAACAACGGACAAACAGGCUGAAGCGAGAGAAGGAGCAACUGGAUCUGUCCGACAGCAACGCGAUGCUCCUCCAUCCCAAUCAGUUCAGCAUAGGGCAUCCCGCAAGCCCUGGCGGACCGCAAGCGCCACGAAAGACCAGGAGGACGGGGCACAAGUUUGGCGACGCGGAGGAGCUGGCUGCUGCUACUGAACACAAGAGAAAGCGCAAGCUGUAUGAGGACCAGGACAACGAUUCGCCAGGCCCAUCUGGUCGCCCCACCGAAAUGGGCAUCGGCUCACCCUUCCGCGAAGCCAAAGCGCGCACCGUCAAUGCCCAAUUCGAAUCGUCCGCAUACUCCCUCGAGCGCCUCUUCAGCGAGAAGGAGCUCAACAUGGCCAUGAACCAAGCCACCAUGGCGGCGUCACACUUCUUCGCCAAGAUGAAGAACACAGAGGCCGCACCGCAGGAAGCCACAACGAACGGCAACACCAACGGCGCAAACGGCGAGCACGCAUCCGAGAACGGCGACGCCAUGGACCAAGACCAAGAUUCCGACGACGUCCCAGGCGCAACCGACAUGAUGCGCCAACACUCGUCGAACCCACAUGCGACCCGCGGCGCCACACGCUCAGCUCUGAACCCCACGGCGGCUAUAGUGAGCGGUCAAAUACCCCCGUUCAUCUAUAACCCGCCCUUUGUUCUAGAUGCUAAGAUCUUCCAGAAGAUCAACGCUUCAGCUCCGCCACCACCUCCCCUCGGCGCACACGAUAUCGAACAGGAUCUGAAGCUGAUGCUUAGAGACGCACCGCCCGACGACGAUAUCAAUGAGAAACUCCUACAAGCUGCUUGCAACCCCGUUAAAGCGCGUGACUACCAGGUCCAGCCACCAAACUUCUCAGAGCCUGUUCAUGAGAUGACGAGUGCGCUUAGGAGUACGGCGCCGCAUCUUGAGGUUGGUGCUAGCUUAGGCGGUGUUCCGAUGAGUGCGCAGAGUAGUAUGGCGGGGUGGUCGGACGCUGGUAACAACACUCCGCUGGGUCGUUAUGGAGAGAGGGACUCGCUCGCCGUCGGUGGUCAUGGUGGGGGUGUUGCGAUGACACGGACUGCAAGUGGUAAUGGACGGGGACGCGGUAGGGGACGCGGUGGUGGAGGGGGAAACUGA